AUGUCCACGAUUGAUACCUCAGCUUGGUUCCAACCAGAGAUCGGCCCCCGGUUGAAACCAAGCACCGAGUUCGUAUUCCGCCAAUGGAGCGGAAUAGCAGACGAGGAAUUGACUUCCCACCUACAUCAAAUCCGCGAUCAGGCAUGGCCGCUGGGAGAAUACCCAUGUAUCGGUCUAUGGAUGUUUCUACUCCCAGGCAUUGCAGCCUUUCCUCAAUUCCCCACCAUCCUUGAAACCGCGAAACAGCCCCAGGCAAUCAUCCUCGAUCUGGGAUGUGGACUCGGUCAAGAUCUACGGCUCCUGGCUGCACACGGUGUCUCCACGGAGCACAUGUGGGCGCUAGACAUCGAGGCCCACCUAUGGGGGCUGGGUUAUCAUCUCUUUCGUGACGAGGGGCGCAUGCAGGCCACGUUCAUCCAUGCCGAUUUUCAAGAAAUAAGUAUUCAAGAGGAUUCCCGCUUUACUGCAUUAAGAGGAGUGGAUCUAGUGUUGGCGUCACAGUUCCUGCAUCUGUUCGACUGGGAGGGACAGAUAGCGGCGAGUACGAAGAUCGUCGGCCUCUCUAAACCAGGGACUAUAGUAGCCGGGUUCCAGCAGGGGCGGGAACGAGCACGGGCCUAUAUUCGGCCCUGGGGAAUGAUGUUUUACCAUAACCGCGAAUCAUUCCUGCACAUGUGGGAUAUAGUUCAGCAGGGGACGGGGACACGGUGGACGAUUGAUGUUAGUGUGGUAGCAUUACAGGAUUGGGGGAUGCAGAAUGAGGAUUUGGAGUGGAUGCCGGAGGAUCGUAUGGGGAUUAAUUUUGUAAUUAAGCGAGAGUCCUGA